CACUGUCGUCUGCCCUUCGUCCGUUCGUGUUCAUCUGAUUAUAACAUGUGUUUUGUUCUAAAGUAUACGCUCAAAAGAGCCAUAUUUUAGGUACCAUGAAGCUGUUCAAGCUAUGGGUGCACCAGAAAGGUUUCAGUGAAGAUAAACUUGUUAUCAAUCCCAAGGAGUUUCCAGAUGUUAAGGUUGGAGAUAUUCUUGAGAUAUUCCACCCAGAUGAAGAAAGCAGCCAUCUCCUGUUGCAAGUGAAGUCUUUACAAACCGAUUUGCAACAAAAAGGGAAAGAUAUUAUCAGCGUAGAUCAGACGAUAGCUAACCUGUUCCAACUGAGAGCCUACAAAGAUGUUGAGGUUUGCCGCGUGUCGUCAGUUCAAGAUGUUGGUCUCGAUCUACUGGAGUUGGUCUUUAGAGAACAGUAUAUCAGCCGCAGUGACAUGUGGAGACUCAAGAAUAACCUGAUUGACUCAUGCCCCUACCUGUCAAAGAAGGUGGAAUACUCUGGAGUCCGUGCUCAGGUCAAUGAACUUUGGGCGGGUGGAGAGAAGGUGAUGUGUGGUGUAGUAACUGAAGAUACACGUGUAGCGUUUCGUUCAGCCACUGCCAUGGUGUACAUGUUCAUACAGAUGAGCUCAGAGAUGUGGGACUUUGAUGCUAAUGGAGAUUUACUGUGGGAGAAAGCUAUUGAUGGGUUUGUUUCUGACCUCUUCAAUCAUUGGAAAGAGAAAAACACAACUAAUGAGGUCACCAUUUUCCUCUUCUCCAGAAUGUACUACAAUGCUACCUCUUUAGAUGAGUUUCCUGAGGAUAUGACGCAAUGUUUACAUGUCGAUAACAGAGGGAGGAUCUACGAAGACUUCUAUAGGGUGAUUGUACAGAAUGAGAGAAGAGACGAUUGGACACCACUCUUAGUUACCUUGAAAUCACAAUGUAUUGAAUACGGCAAACAACUUCAGCACCAGUACAAACAAGGUACCCUGCUAACCGGUCGUCCGAUCCCAAGUGGUUAUAUUUCCAACGCAGCGGAAGGCAACUUCUUAGAAGCUCUUAAUCUGACGUUAAAUGUAUUUGACAAACAUUACAUCAAUCGUAACUUUGAUCGAACUGGGCAGGUGGUGGUCAUCGUAACACCAGGAGCUGGAGUCUUUGAAGUCGAUAGAGAGCUUUAUAAAAUCACUAAACAACGAAUGAUUGACAAUGGUAUUGGCAGUGAUUUGGUCUGUAUGGCAGAGCAACCCUUGCAUGCUGUUCCUCUAUUUCGGUUCCGCAGUCCAGAUAGGAACCAUUCCGUUUGUGAUUACAACAUUCCACAUUGGUUGAACUACAGUUUCUACACUGUGAAGAGUCAACAAGAAAAAUGCUGCACCUUCGUACCAAGAGUUAAACUAGCUGAGAGAAAGGAAUCAGCUGAUGAUGGCAAACCCUCCCUGCCCUCUCUUCCUCAACUCCCUGAGGAGCGAUCUAAGACUCAAUUCAAGACGUCUCAUCAAGAUGAGGAAUACAUGUUUGAGGUGUAUGACAAUGAGAUCUUCAAAGCACCAAGCUUUGCUUCACCCAAACCAAGGACCCCCUUUUCAAUGCGGCCAGCAAGGGCAUCUCACCAUGGUUCACAUUUUAGUAAACCCAAGGAUGAUCCCCCAAGCAAUCCAAGCAAGAGAUUAAAGGAACCAAUAAGUGCCAGCGUUAUUGCCGUCAACUCUGACCCCACCGAUAUUCCUAACAGUCACCAUGUAUCUCAGUCAUCAUCUUCAACUGCCAUUCCCAUUCCAGUGAAAUCAGAAUUUGUAACCCCCUCCGUUUCUGUAAUGGCAGCUACAAAACUGAUGAGAGAAACUUCUAUUAGUCGCAGUGUUGGCACAGCAAACUUAACGGAAGAUCAAUCUAGUGGUACGCCAAUAGUAUAUCCCGGUGGUGUGAUAGUAGGAAGUGCCAGUGCUAUUCAUGAUAGGAUCUCAACCAGUCCAAAUCAUCAGUUCAUCUAUAGGACGUUGAUUAACCCUUUUGCACCUUCUACAUUGGCUGUACGAUUGACGUCAAACAGGAGAAGGUGGACACACACAUUCCCUCCAGGUCCCUCUGGUGAAACCAUGCAACCCCAUCAUCGACGAUGGACUACCAGUGAAGGCGACGUCGACUGCUACCUCCAUACCAGUCUAUCAGAGUCUAUCUCUGCCCCUCUCAAUCCUGCCUCCACCCCUCCCAGACCAAUGCCUUCCCCUUCCCGACAACCUGUGGCUUCUGCUCUUAGGCUAGCCCCGCCCACAGUCAACGGGUUAUAUGCUUUUGGGAGUGGCUCUAGUCUGGCGAGUGAUGGAUCCGUGUCUGGUGAUCAGACUCUAAAUGGGAUGUCAAGAUCAUCUACACUUACACACAGAUUUAAUUCCAAUCUCACUGAUGUAGGCGGGCGUUUUGAUGGCGGUCUGAGGACAAGCCCAAUCAGUGAGUCAUUCAGAGCAUUACUGCGGAGUACCAGUGGUGUAUGGGGUGUUACAGGGGAACAGGAAUGGUCACCAUUCAUACAAACAGGAAUGGAUUGGAAGUCACUGACAGCCACAGCGUGUUUCCCUAUCACCACCGACUACUACCCAGAUAGUCAGAAGAUUGACAGACAGUUCAUGGAGAAUAAUUAUGAGCUGCUAGCCGAUGAUCAUGAUGAUGUUGUUGGGCGUCAGCGUCGGACAGGCGAGGGCGUUUUUCAAGAGAUCAUUUCACAGCGCCUGAUGCAGGGAUUUCAGUUGGUGGUGUUACCGAGGUCAGUAUUAGCGGUUGUACAGGGACGACGCAGCAAAGGUAUUCUUGUAACUGAUAUAAAUAAGCAUGAGUAUGUCUUGAGUAUUGGUCGUAUCUUCCACAAGUUGGUUCUCUAUCCUCAACAGAGAGCCAUUUCUGUCACUGUGUACAAGCCCAGGCAUCUGAAUACAUCUCAUCCGAUUUGCUACACCUAUCAGUUAUGGUCGGCGCACAGUGCAGGUUACCAGCCAUUGAGUAGUGUAUUCCAGACCUACAGACUAGAGAACUUCAAUUGGAAUUACUUGGAUAACUAUGUGUCAUCCAGAGGAAUUGACUUUGGACCAGUGGAAUCUCUGAAACUCUGGCGAAGCAGAUUUCUUCUGCUGCCUGCCAUGUCCUCCAAGAUGAAGAAGAUUCUGGAAGACCCUACCGCUCACUUGGAUGUCUUCUCGGAGACUUCUAGUAGAGAAGAAGUUCAACAAUUCACUGAGGGUUUCAUUAAGUUUGUCGAGACUCUCAACAGGCUACGAAGACAUCACAGUGGUAGAAGAAGAUCACAGGCUGGCUCCUUAACGAGCUUAUUAGUUGGACCUGGGAAAAGUAGCGAACAUCGAAGGCAUUCCUUGGCUAUCCAUUCCCACUGCAGGAAAAACAGUGACGGUAGUGUCAAGGGACUGAACUUCGCCGUUGCCAACCUUAGCUCCAGCAGGCAGUCACCUUCUACCACCCCUCUGUCAAGCACCCCAUCUCAUGUCUCAGGAACAGACACGCCACCAAGAAGCCUGAAGGAAGUGCUUGAUGGAGGAGUAAGUUGGGAUGAAGAAGGACUUGAGUUAGAGAGAUCAAAGCUGACUCUUCUGACACCGCUGUGGGAGGUUGCUAGGGCCAUGAGGGACCAAAAAGAUGGACUGUAUUUCUUGCCGGUGGACCAACGGAAUCUCCCGGCUUGUUGUUUUUCUGCCGUAGAGGGCGUUCAUUGGAUAAGAUCCAAUUUCCAAACCGAUGUCAGUGAGAGUGAAGCUGUUGAGGUUCUCCAGAACAUGACGGAGGAGGGUUUAAUAUGUCACGCCUCAGGGAACACCAGUCAUCCAUUCUGGAACGGCUCUUACUUCUAUCAACUACUCAAAGAGGAGUUACCUCUAAAAGAAAAGUCAAAGAAAUCUCCAACGAGGCAAAGCGCCUCCUCCUUCGCCCAUCACAACAGCGCCCUCAGUGACAAGUUCCACAAUGCCUGGUUUGAGGUCGCUGUCUGCGAUAACUCCGCCCCAGUAAACCCCGCUCAGGAAAGGGUCCCUGAGUUCCUGUUGCCUUGCUUGCCACGCCCAGUGUCUCCUGCUACUAGGAUCAUGUCAAGUUUUGCUGAGAUGUCGUCGAAUGCUAGCACGGAUUCUGAGGAGACUGAAGAAAGAAGGUCCCUCAUGCACCAGGCCACAAAACCAGCGUCACUAAAAAGCCUGUUAUUUGAUAGUUACAUCAACAAGACGGACCGCGUUGAAUGGUGUCAUAUCAACUACAAUGGUUGUUUCUCAGCUGACAGUGCCUGGGGAUUGGAUGUGGAGUGGCUGGUAUCCACACCAAGCUUACUGGUGGAAGUGUUGCAGGGAUGGGCUCGUAAAGCUGUCCAGUGUGGCUACCAUCUCAUCCCAGCUCCAAUGGAUGCAUUCAAUCAGUGCCCUUACUUUAACAAUCCAUUAUCCUGCCCUCGCUUCAUCAAACUUGACCUCCAGUGUCUCGGGUCAGAUGAAGGUCAAAGGUUAUUUGAGGACUUCAACCCUGUGAGUCGUAUGAGCAGAGUGCAUCUACUUCAGGAGGCCAUUUUGAAAAGGUUUGGAUUCAUCAAAGCCACUGAUACUGGCCAUCUAUCUUCAGUGAGUUACCAAAACCUAAAGAAAGACCACAUACAAUACAUCCACAUGACAGGCAUGGUUCUUGUCCUCAUUUACCCACCAACCAAUCAACAUUCAGCAUUCGGGGACACUUUCUCAUCUCCCAAUCAGAGCCCAGCAAAUGAUGACAUCACACAAAGCAACGAGUCACAAGAGUGGACAUCGAAUUUGGUUGCAGAAGCGGGAUACAAUUGGGUACCCAACUACCUGCUCACCAAACGAUGGCGCACAAGCUCAUGUGGAGAUGAAAAGUUUCCUGAACGGCUGCUCCUUGACUUCAGUCGAUUCUGUGCGAAUCACGAGGAUCGUCUUAAAGAGUUUUGGAAGAGGAGUAAAGAGGCUUGUCUUCAAAAAGAAACGCAGUGACCUGUCCAAGUUAAGUGUCAGGACGUUCAUGUUAAGAACUACAGUACAGUCUACGUUAUUUGUACUCAAGAACAUCAGUACAUGUUUGUUGUGCAUCAAUGUGAAAACAAAGAGCAGGUAAAAUAAAUAAAGAUAAGAAGAUGUGCUUCCCAUCUUAUUCUUGAGUAUACAAAAAUAAAGAAAAAUAGAAGAUUUUGUAAUGGUAGUACUACUGUUCAGUGAAGAUAAUUUGUUUAUCAAAAAGAAGAUUGGAUUGUCAUAGUGUAAAAUGACAAAACGGAGCACGCUGAGCUCAAUGUGAAACUUUGGAACGCUAGGUGGCAGCAGACUUACCAGGUAAAUUGCCAUUGUUUACGUAGUUCUGAGCAUGCGCACCUUACCGAGAACAAUAGAUUUUACCUGGUAAGUCUGCUGCCACCAAGCGUCCCAAAAGUCUUCCAUUGCUGUCUUAGUCGGCUUUAGAAGAGUAGCAAUAUGACAUGUGUGUUUUGACAAAACCAAAAAGGAAAGCUGAGUUGUUGAUGCCUCUAAAAUGGCAGUUUGUUGAGUUUGACUGGAAGCAAUACGCAGGUUUAGAUAACUACACCAAACAUUCUGUUAUUAGGAGAUGUUGAGGGAGAACAUGUGAAGUUUUGCUCUGGAAAAAAAAGGUUUAAAGCCAUUAUUCACUUUCGGAAUAGAAAACAAACAAAAAGUUCACAGAUUUACAAAUA